CAGCAGUGCGUCAAGCAGUCAGUGCAUCGCUUCGGGACGUCUGCUGGUGAAGCGGUGUCAAAACAGGACGUUGUGUGUGUGUGUGUGUAAGCUGUAACGCUGUGCUGAUGGAGCAGUGUGCGUGUGUGGAACGGGAGCUCGAGAAGGUGCUACACAGGUUUGUCACAUAUGGACAUCAGUCAGAGGAAAGGCUGGAUGAACUCCUGAGGAACGUCUGUGAGCUGAGGAGUCGAUUGGUUGCCUAUGGUGUUCAAGAUACAGAUUUGUCAGUGCUCCAUCAAACAAUGGCCCAGUGCUGCAAGGAAAUCAAAGAAACUGUGCAGAUGCUUGCCUCAAGGCACAAAGACAUCCAUGGCAGUGUGUCGAAAGUGGGGAAAGCAAUUGACCGAAAUUUUGAUGCGGAGGUGAGUGCAGUUGUAGCUGAGAAUGUCUGGGACUCUCCAGAGAGGCAGAAAUACCUCAGUGAAACCAUCGUAGAACAUCUGUAUCGACAAGGCAUGUUGAGUGUUGCAGAGGACCUCUGCCAGGAGUCUGGUGUAGUAAUUGACAUGAGCAUGAAACAGCCAUUUCUGGAGCUCAACCGCAUUUUAGAGGCUUUAAGAACACAAGAUCUCAGACCAGCUUUAGAGUGGGCGGUGGCAAACCGACAGCGGCUGCUGGAUCUGAACAGCACCCUUGAGUUCAAGCUUCACAGACUGUAUUUCAUCAGCCUGCUCAACGGGGGCAUCAGCAAACAGCAGGAAGCUUUACAGUACGCACGGCAUUUCCAACCGUUUGCCUCACAGCAUCAGAGAGAUAUUCAGAUCUUAAUGGGUAGUCUAGUGUACCUCCGCCAUGGGAUCGAGAACUCUCCGUACCGCAGUCUGCUGGAGACGGAUCAGUGGGCAGAGAUCUGUAACAUCUUCACACGAGAUGCUUGCGCUCUUCUUGGACUCUCUGUGGAGUCCCCACUCAGUGUCAGGUCAGAAAAAAAGUCCUAAAAUUUCUACACUUCC